AUGCCUUGGGCAGGCCUGGCCACCUUAUUCCUGGCUGUUGCUGGUGUUCAUGGAAGUCCGUUAGACACCAGUAACUUCCAGGAGUGCAAGAGCAGACAAAAUCUUUCGUCGACAGCGCUCCAAGAUCUUGUGCAGGCCAUCCCUAAUGCUGAUAACAUCCGCGAAUCACUUGGCUACUAUACCAACGGCUCACAUUUAGCAGGACAGGGUCUCCAACAGGCGCAAUGGACUCAGGAGUUAUGGGAUGCAAUUGGCCUCUCCAACGCAAGCGUGAAAUCCUAUAGCGCCAACCUGACUCUUCCCAACGAGCAUCGAGUAGCGUUGCUUGACACGGCACGCGAGGGGGAUCCAGUAGUAUAUGAAGCGCCGUUGAUUGAAGAUAACCCCCCUAAAGCUGGCGAUGGACAGCUACCCUUUGCUCCAGCUUUCUUCAGGUGUGCCGGGGUGGGAAAUAUCACCGCACAGUACAUAUUCGCAAACUACGGAACGCAAGAGGAUUAUGAUGAUUUGGUGCGCGCGGGUAUCAACAUCACGGGGAAGAUCGCUUUGGUCAAGUCCACGUAUGAAUCCGCCGUCUUGAAAAAAUACAAGCUGCCUUAUCACCGCGCAAGACAGGAAGGAGUCGCCACACAGAUGGGUCUCGCGGGGAUGCUUAUCUAUCCAGAUCCUCAAAUGGAUGACGAAAUUGUUGUAGAAAAUGGAUAUCAGCCAUUCCCGAAUGGGCCAGCCCGCCCUCCAUCUUUGAUAGAGCGAGGGUCAGUUGGGAAUUGCAAUCCUGGUCAGAUUCCCGCUAUGCCCAUUUCGUAUGCUGAUGCAAUCCCUAUGCUGCGAGCCCUCAAUGGUCAUGGUCCCCUGGCAGCCGAUUUCAAUGACAGGUGGCAUGGAGGAGGGCUCACCUCGCACGGCGUUACCUACAAUGUCGGGCCUUCACCGGAGAACGUUGUCUUGAACGUGCUUAAUAACCCACAUAACUAUGCUGGCCAUGUUCAUAAUGUCAUUGGGGUCAUCCCGGGAUGCGCUUUUCCAGACGAGGUGAUUAUUCUUGGAAAUCACCGUGACGCGUGGGGCCCUGGUGCUGGAGAUGGAAACAGUGGGUCUGCGGCGCUGAAUGAAGUGGCACGAACUCUCGCAACGGCCCUUAAAGAAGGUUGGCAGCCGUUACGGACAAUCAUCUUCGCCAGUUGGGAGGGAGAGGAGAUGGGCCAAAUUGGGUCGCGCUCAUGGGUGGACGAAAACCAGUCCCAGCUGAACAGUAGCGUUGCUGCAUAUUUAAAUGUCGUCGUUGCGGGCGCUGGCACCAAAUUUCAUGCUCAAGGGAGCCCACUGUUGGCACAAGCGAUGCACAAUGCUACUAGCCAAGUUCAAGAACCUAGCGGUGGACAAACAGUCCUAGAGGCGUGGGGGAGUGAGCUCGGUCUGGGUAGUGGCGGAGACGCCAUGGUUUUCCAGGAAUAUGCAUAUUCAGUUGCAGACUUUGGCUUCUCGCGUGGGCCAACAGAUCCUGUUUUCCCUUACCAUUCACUCUUCGACACGUAUUCCUGGAUGGAACAAUACGGAGAUCCUGGCUUUGCGCACCAUGUGGCGACCACCAAAAUCUGGUUACAGCUGGCGACAUCUCUUGCAGAUGAGGUGAUUCUGCCCUACCGCAUCCAGGGGUACGCGCCAGUCUUACAGAACGGCCUUGAAUCACUCAGCUCAACAGCUAACCUGUCGGCACACCUCGAUCUGACGUCGCUAAAGGAGACGAUCGACAUUUUCGCGCGGGCUUCGGCGGCGUUUGACGCAUAUAGCGACUCGCUUGCCGACCAAGUGCAACAACAGCCUGUUGACGAUAGCCUUCUUGCUCAGGUCCAGUCGGUCAAUCACAAAUAUACUAAUUUUGAGCGUUUUCUCGGGGAUCCCGAUCUUCCUGGGGGUGAUGGGUACUACCAUCUUAUCAUUAGCCCUGCCCCGUACUACUUCCAGACAGACCCUUUCCCUUGUCUAACGAAAGCCAUUGUUGCUGGAAAUUGGACCUUAGCUGCAGCAUAUCGGGAUAAGAUCGUAAAUCAGCUCAACAAAGCUGUCGCUUUUCUUGAGUGA